AUGGAGCACGCAGCUCGCGGCAAAAAGGCCCUAGAAGCCAAGAACUACGACGAAGCCAUCACAGCGUACUCAGCAGCUCUAAAAGUGUCGCCCACCUCACCCGACUACCUCAUCCAGCGAUCCACAGCCUACCACCGCGCAAAGAAGUACGCCGAAGCCCUUUCCGAUGCCAACAAUGCCGUUCUCAACGCCCAAGCCCGCGCCAAACGCGAACUCAUCGUGGAGGCUCAGUUUCGGAGGGGCUGUGCUUACUACGGCCUGGAGCGCUACGGCGAUGCGGAGUUUGUGUUUGGGAUCGUGAGGCGCAUGCAGGAGAAGCACAAGAUGAUUGCGACGUGGGAGCAGUUCAACAAGAAUGCCGUGGCGAAGCUGGAGCCUGGUGACAAACGGAGGGUGUGCAAUGUUGAGGAGACGCCGAAGGCAGAGGAGGUCACGGCUCCAGCUGCUAGCGAGGGCAAGACAUCCUCCAACGGAGACACGCAGAAAGCGACCAAAGUAGUCGCACUCCCGUCAGCACCACCACAGACCGCCCCGGAGAAGAUACGACAUGAAUGGUACCAAAACUCCGAAAACGUCUACUUCACACUCCUUGCAAAGGGCGUGCUUCAAGACGAAGCGCACAUUGACAUUCAAGAACGCUCCGUCAGCAUCUCGUUCCCUCUCGCCAGCGGCGCCACCUACGACCUCACCCUCGAACCACUCUUCGCCGCCGUGAAGCCCGAGGCCAGCAUCCCUCGCAUCCUCUCCACCAAAAUCGAAAUCGUACUCGCCAAAGCCACGCCAGGCCAGAAGUGGAACGCACUGGAAAGCAGCGAGCCAAUCUCUUCAACCAAAGCGGACCAGUCAAGCAAAAUCGACCCAGUUCCCCGCGCAGUCGUGACCUCCGACAAACCCACCGGCCCCGCAUACCCAACAUCAUCCAAAUCCGGCCCCAAGAACUGGGAUAAAAUCACCGAAGACUUGCGCACAGGCGACAAGGAGGAUGGCAAAGCGGGUGCAGCAGAUGACGACGACUUCGAGGGUGGAGACGAAGCCGACCACUUCUUCAAGAAGCUAUUCAAGAAUGCUUCACCAGAAGCGCAAAGGGCAAUGAUGAAGUCGUACACCGAGAGCAACGGCACGGCUUUGAGCACGAACUGGGAGGAAGUGAAGAAGGGGCCGGUGGAGACGACGCCGCCCGACGGAAUGGAAGCGAAGGCGUGGAAGAAGUGA